ACCUCCAACCAUCGGCCGGCAGAGGGGCGCUAGGCAGCCCUCGAUCCGCUCGCCGUGGUCCCAUGGAGGAGGAGGCGAGCCGCAGCGCCGCGGCGACAAACUCAGGGAGUCAGCUUACCCGCUGGCCGCCUCCUGACAAGCGGGAGGGAUCCGCCGUGGACCAAGGGAAGCGGAGGAGCCUGGCGGCCACCCCCUCUUCCCCACUUCCCUGCACUCUCAUCGCUCUCGGCCUCGGCCUCGGCCUCCGACACGAAAAGGAAGCAAAUGAGCUGAUGGAAGAUCUGUUUGAAACUUUCCAAGAUGAGAUGGGAUUCUCCAACAUGGAAGAUGAUGGCCCAGAAGAGGAGGAGCGUGUGGCUGAGCCUCGUCCUAACUUUAACACCCCUCAAGCUCUACGGUUUGAGGAACUACUGGCCAACCUACUAAAUGAACAACAUCAGAUAGCGAAGGAACUAUUUGAACAGCUGAAGAGGAAGAAAUCUUCAGCCAAACAGCAGAAGGAGGUAGAGAAGGUUAAACCCCAGUGUAAGGAAGUUCAUCAGACCCUGAUUCUGGACCCAGCACAGAGGAAGAGACUCCAGCAGCAGAUGCAGCAGCAUGUUCAGCUCUUGACGCAAAUCCACCUUCUUGCCACCUGCAACCCCAAUCUCAAUCCAGAGGCCAGUAGCACCAGGAUAUGUCUUAAAGAGCUGGGAACCUUUGCUCAAAGCUCCAUCGCCCUUCACCAUCAGUACAACCCCAAGUUUCAGACCCUGUUCCAACCCUGUAACUUGAUGGGAGCUGUGCAGCUUAUUGAAGACUUCAGCACACAUGUCAGCAUUGACUGCAGCCCUCAUAAAACUGUCAAGAAGACUGCCAAUGAAUUUCCCUGUUUGCCAAAGCAAGUGGCUUGGAUCCUGGCCACAAGCAAGGUUUUCAUGUAUCCAGAGUUACUUCCAGUGUGUUCCCUGAAGGCAAAGAAUCCCCAGGAUAAGAUCCUCUUCACCAAGGCUGAGGACAAUUUGUUAGCUUUAGGACUGAAGCAUUUUGAAGGGACUGAGUUUCUUAACCCUCUAAUCAGCAAGUACCUUCUAACCUGCAAGACUGCCCGCCAACUGACAGUGAGAAUCAAGAACCUCAACAUGAACAGAGCUCCUGACAACAUCAUUAAAUUUUAUAAGAAGACCAAACAGCUGCCAGUCCUAGUAAAAUGCUGUGAAGAGAUCCAGCCACAUCAGUGGAAGCCACCUAUAGAGAGAGAAGAACACCGGCUCCCAUUCUGGUUAAAGGCCAGUCUGCCAUCCAUCCAGGAAGAACUGCAGCACAUGGCUGAUGGUGCUAGAGAGGUAGGAAAUGUGACUGGAACCACUGAGAUCAACUCAGAUCAAGGCCUAGAAAAAGACAACUCGGAGUUGGGGAGUGAAACUCGGUACCCACUGCUAUUGCCUAAGGAUGUAGUCCUGAAACUGAAGCCAGCUGCCAACCGUUUCCCCAAGAAGGCUUGGAGACAGAAGCGUUCAUCAGUCCUGAAACCCCUCCUUAUCCAACCCAGCCCCUCUCUCCAGCCCAGCUUCAACCCUGGGAAAACACCAGCCCAAUCAACUCAUUCAGAAGCCCCUCCAAGCAAAAUGGUGCUCCGGAUUCCUCACCCGAUACAGCCAGCCGCUGUUUUACAGACAGUUCCAGGUGUCCCUCCACUGGGGGUCAGUGGAGGUGAGAGUUUUGAGUCUCCUGCAGCACUGCCUGCUAUGCCCCCUGAGGCCAGGACAAGCUUCCCUCUGUCUGAGUCCCAGACUUUACUCUCUUCUGCCCCUGUGCCCAAGGUAAUGCUGCCCUCCCCUGCCCCUUCCAUGUUUCGAAAGCCAUAUGUGAGACGCAGACCCUCAAAAAGAAGGGGAGCCAGGGCCUUUCGCUGUAUCAAACCUGCCCCUGUUAUCCACCCUGCAUCUGUUAUCUUCACUGUUCCCGCUACCACUGUGAAGAUUGUGAGCCUUGGCGGUGGCUGUAACAUGAUCCAGCCUGUCAGUGCAGCUGUGGCCCAGAGUCCCCAGACUAUUCCCAUUGCCACCCUCUUGGUUAACCCUACUUCCUUCCCCUGUCCAUUGAACCAGCCCCUUGUGGCCUCCUCUGUCUCGCCCUUAAUUGUUUCUGGCAAUUCUGUGAAUCUUCCUAUACCUUCCACGCCUGAAGAUAAGGCCCACGUGAAUGUGGACCUUGCUUGUGCUAUGGCUGAUGGGGAAAAUGCCUUUCAGGGCCUAGAACCCAAAUUAGAGCCCCAGGAACUAUCUCCUCUCUCUGCUACUGUUUUCCCCAAAGUGGAACAUAGCCCAGGGCCUCCACCAGCCAAUGAACAGUGCCAAGAAGGAUUGUCAGAGAACAGUGCCUAUCGCUGGACUGUUGUGAAAACAGAGGAGGGAAGGCAAGCUCUGGAGCCGCUCCCUCAGGGCAUCCAGGAGUCUCUAAACAACUCUUCCCCUGGGGAUUUAGAGGAAGUUGUCAAGAUGGAACCUGAAGAUGCUACAGAGGAAAUCAGUGGACACCCUGAGCAUGAUAUUUGUGAUGACAUCAAGGAAGAACACACUGUGGAAUUAGACACCGGAUCCCCAAGUGAGGAGUUGAGCAAUGCUAGAGAGGUAAAGAAACAGACAAUCUUACAGAAGGAAGAAGACAGGAUUUAGCCAACUAAAACCCCUUCAUCUUCUCAAGAACCCCAUGAAGGAAACUUGGGGGGAGAUGAGAGCAAAGGAUCACCAAAUAAUGCUUCAUCCUCCAUGAAUCCUGAAGUGAGGCUUAGUAGCCCCCCAGGGAAGCCCAAAGACUCAUCCAGUGUUGAUGAUCAGUCAGUGGGGACCCCAGUUGGGCCAGAAACUGGAGGAGAGAAAGAUGGACCAGAAGAAGAGGACUUUGAUGACCUCACCCAAAAUGAGGAAGAUGAAAUGUCAUCAGCUUCUGAGGAUUCCAUAAGUACUCUUUGGAGGGUUUUACAGGAAACAAUGGAGAAACUGACUUGGCUGGCAUCUGAAAGGCGCAUGAGUCAGGAGGGUGAGUCUGAAGAAGAGAAUUCUCAGGAGGAGAACUCUGAGCCGGAAGAAGAGGAGGAAGAAGCAGCAGAAGGAAUGGAAAGCCUGCAGAAAGAGGAUGAAAUGACAGAUGAAGCAGUUGGAGACCCUGCUGAGAAGCCUCCUUCUACUUUUGCCUCGACGGCUCCAGAAGUGGAGACCAGCAGAACUCCACCAGGUUUCCCACCGUUUUCGAGAACUCAUGCAGCUCUUCCACACUGCCUGUGAAGCCAGCUCUGAGGAUGAGGACGAUGCAACCAGUACCAGCAAUGCAGACCAGCUGUCUGACCAUGGGGACCUUCUGUCUGAAGAGGAGCUGGAUGAAUGAGACUCUGGGAAUCACCUACACAGGACCAAACCCAACAGGCGCCCUGGCACUGCGGAGGCGGGUAGUUGUACUCCGCUUGUACAGUCCUUGAGCCCAGUUUACAGAUCUGGAGAGCAGGAGCCCAGGACCAGGACAAAGGCUGGAGGAUGGAGUAGGACCCAGGGGCUCUGCCAUCCUAGGCAUCAUUCAAGGUCUUUUAUGAAGACUUUACAGAUCUCCUCUGUAAAUAGCAUCGAGAGUGGUGUUCAGCUCCGUUCUCUACUUUUUUUUGGUCUGAUGGCACAUAUUUAUUGUUCUGUGGUCUAAUCGCAGUCUUUUUUUUUUUUUUUUUUUUU